AUGCGCGUGACUCGAGAUGUGCAUGACUCGAGCGAGGGCAACAUGUCUUGCAGGCAGGAAGGCCCAGGUUGGAAGCUGCGCGCGGCGGAAGGAAAUCGACCCGAACAUCCAAAGGCAGAAGAGAAGAACCAGUGCACUGCACACCGCAUGGCAUUCAGCGGCAUUUCAGCAUCCUGGAUGGCCACAGGUGAGCCUUGGUCGAAGACUCCGUGCAACCGGAAGCAGCCACCGGGCAUGCCGGCGGUCUCGGCGAAAGCUGCCAAGACCCAGCCCGCGCGCUGUGCGCCACAGAUCGAAUCACCCGCGCCGGAGGUUGAAUUUGACGAUUUCGCUGCGGAAUUUGCGGCCACAGAGCCAGCGAUGUGGAACGGGCCUUGUACAGCUAUUGGCCAUGGCUUCUUUACAUGCACAAUGUGCAAACAUAAAAUUUAG